AUGUGGGUGUCCAACAUAUCUGGAUUGAUGAGGCAGUUGAUGGAAACGAUGAAGGAGAGGUUGGAGAAGAUGAAGAGGACAAUGAGACAACAGAGAGCAAAGCUUCAUAUCAUCAGAAUUUGCAUCACUUUGCUUAUCUCUUCUGAUAAUAACUCUUGAUCUCCUUUUCUUGUUAAUUGUUAACAAUUCCUU